UUUUUACCAUACAUCUGUCAUUUUCGUUAAAGCGUGAAGUGAUUACGAAGUACCAAAUUGUAAUGGCAAAUUUGAAGCAUGUCAGCGAAUGAGAACAAAAAAUCUUGAUAACACUAUCAAUGAAAUGGACGAAAUUGAAUGUGUUAAACUUUUGGUACAGUAUAUGGUAAUCUUAUAAGAAUUAACAAGAAUAAAUCACUUGUCUGAAGAAUUACAAUGAGGAGCAAGCUACAUAGAAAGGUUCAAUGUUGCGCUUUGAUAAACUGCCACUUGGGCCACCCUGUAGUCCAAGCGUUUCGAGUUGCUUUCAUCUCGCCCAGAAAUCUCGUCGAUUUGAAAAGAUCGCCGAGUAAUAUAACAUAUCAACCGAAUACCGCUCGGUCCGAGAUAAACAAUAAUCAACGGGGUUCAAAUACGUCUAUUUAUACGGCUGCAGUCGUACCGCAUCCUGACGAGUACAGUUUAAGUGCGACCUUGCUAUUGAACUUAACCUAACCAGCGUUGACUCGAAAGUAAUGGAUAAAGGACCAGGCUAUGCCACGCCACUGGACGCGUUCCUCAACGGUCCCAGGGAGGAAAUUCUGUACGUCUGCUGCGUCCAACCCGACCAGAGAGGUACAAAAAGUGACGCUUUGGCAACGGUAGAUGUCGAUCCGGCGUCGCCCACUUACUGUCAGAUCAUCAACCUGCUGCGAACCGGUCGAAAGAACGACGAAUUGCACCACAGCGGAUGGAACAUAUGUUCCAGUUGCCACGGAAAAAAGAACUGUUGCAAGAGGGACAAGCUGAUUUUGCCCGCUCUCAUGUCGGAUAGGAUCUACGUCGUGGAUGUCGGGAAGGAUCCGAGGAGACCCACAAUUUUCAAGGUCAUAGAAAGCGAGGAAAUGCAAAAAUUGAAUUGCUCGACUCCCCAUACUGCCCAUUGCUUGGCUACGGGCGACAUAAUGAUCUCCGUAAUGGGUGAUGUAGACGGGAACCCAAAAAGCGACUACGUCCUCGUCGAUGGCAAAACUUUCACAGUCAAAGGCACCUGGGUUAAGGGCGACUCUGCCAAAUUCAACUACGACUUCUGGUACCAGCCGUACUACGACGUCAUGGUUUCUUCUGAAUGGGGUGCACCCAGGAUCUUCAAAACUGGAGUCCACCCUGGAGAUUCGGUGGAGAACUUAGCGUUUGGGAAAUCGAUCAACUUUUACUCGUGGUCUAAGAGGCAACUGAUCCAGACCAUCGACCUUGAUGGCGACGGGGUGGCUCCACUGGAGAUAAGAUUUUUGCACGACCCUAAGGAGAAACAGGGUUACGUCGGAUGCGCCGUUAGCUCCACCAUCAUCAGGUUUUAUUUGAAGGACGACGGUACCUGGGGAACCGAGAAAGUGAUCGAUAUACCAAGAAAGAAAGUGUCCGAGUGGAUGCUUGGCAACACGGUGAACGGUAUGAUCACUGACAUUUUGAUCUCGCUGGACGACAAGUACCUCUACUUCAGCAACUGGCUGCAGGGAGACGUCAGGCAGUACGAUAUAAGCGAUAGGUCUCGCCCAAAGCUUACGGGACAGAUAUUUCUCGGCGGAAAGCUGGUUAAAGACUCUGCUAUCCAGGUAUUGGAUGAUCCGGAAAAAACAACUCCCGUGGAGCCGGUAUACUUAAAAGGAAAACGAUUCUUCGGAGGACCUCAGAUGUUGCAGCUCUCUUUGGAUGGCAAAAGACUUUACGUCAGCUCGAGCUUGUUCUCCCCAUGGGAUCGUCAGUUUUAUCCUGAGACAAUCAAGGAAGGUGGGAAAAUUGUGAAAAUCGACGUGGACGUCGAGAACGGUGGGAUGAAGCUCGACGAAAAGUUCCUGGUGGACUUUUCCGAAACCGAAGAUGGUCCACUCUUACCGCACGAAAUGAGAUAUCCCGGUGGAGACUGCACGUCGGAUAUUUGGAUGGCUGACGAAUGAUUUGGGAGGAAUAUAAUAUUUGAGUUGAGUUUGAGUUUAAUUUCGUGUCAGUCUUAGAGUUACAUGAAAAUUGAUCUCUGUCAACCAGAAAAUUAAGAUUUAGCUGGCCAUAAUAAUAAAUGAUAA